AUGGAUCAACACGACGACUUCGACAAUGUUUCCUGGCGCAACGACACUGCCAGUGAUGCCUCACGACCGACCACAGCGGGUACAGACGCGGCGGAGCCUCGCGAUGUCGAGCACGAUACCAAUGGCAAGCGCAGAAUGAGCUCCGCCCACGAGGAGCCCCAAGCAGGUCCACUUGCUGAUGCUGUGGAUUUGGCUGGCAUCGGCGACGGUGUGCUCGAAUGUCGCGUCGACUCCCCUCUGAAAGAAAAUGAUGGCACGAAAGAUGCCUAUAUUUCCUACCUUGUCACGACCCACACCGAUUUCAAGUCAUUUCAGAAGUCAGAAUUCAGCGUCCGCCGCAGAUUUACCGAUUUCUAUUUCCUGUACAAGACGCUCUAUCGCGAGUACCCAGCAUGCGCGGUCCCGCCCCUCCCCGAUAAGCACAAGAUGGAGUAUGUGCGAGGCGAUCGAUUCGGGCCAGAAUUCACCACGAGGCGAUCAUGGUCGCUUCACCGAUUCUUGAAGCGUUUGACCCUUCACCCCGUCCUUCGCCGGGCUCCUCUCUUGAUCAUUUUCUUGGAAUCUCCUGACUGGAAUGCACAUAUUCGACUGCACUCUUCUCGGGGCUCGACAGCUUCCUCCACUGACAACUCUGGGUCUGGUAUCUUCGAUAACUUGACGGACAGCUUUGUCAACGCAUUCACCAAGGUACACAAGCCCGAUCAGCGAUUCAUUGAAGUCAAGGAGAAAGCAGACAAACUCGACGAGGAUCUAUCGCAUGUAGAGAAGACAAUAGCCCGAGUGGCACGUCGCGAGUCUGAUCUGGAAACCGAUUACGCAGACCUUGCGACCCAGUUUCGCAAGCUGGUUCCUCUUGAACCUGCGGUUGAGAUGCCAUUACAGGUGUUUGCAGCAUCCGUCGAGGAAACCGCACGAGGACUGCAUGAUCUCAAAGACCACACAGACCAGAAUUACCUGGGAUCCUUGCGUGACAUGGAGGCCUAUAUACUCUCCGUUAAGGCGUUAUUGAAGACGAGAGAGCAGAAGCAGCUUGACUUCGAAGCCCUCGUUGACUACCGGAACAAGGCCGUAACGGAGCGAGAUUCCCUUGCAAACAAUCCAAGCGCCUACUAUGCCUCAAAUCCUCUGACCUCGUCUCCUGCUUCGUUCAUUCGUUCAAAAAUGGAAGACAUGCGCGGCGUCGACCACGAGCAGUCCCGCCGCGAGCGUGUGCGAAAACUUGAACUACGAAUCGAUGAACUCACCCGUGAGGUCGAGUCAGCCAAGACCACCUCAGAGAUGUUUGACGAGGAGGUCGUUCGUGAAGUCGCUGACUUUGAGCGAAUCAAAGCUGUUGAAUUUCGCGACUCCUUGGGAGCUCUUGCUGAUGCGCACAUCAACUUCUAUCAAGGUGUUCUGACUACAUGGGAGCGAUUUGUGGCGGAAAUGGAAAGUGAUGCUGAGACCAGCCUAGAAGCCGAGACACACGCUGCUGCGUCGCGGUAA